UUCCCUUUGAGUGUAUUAUAAUUUUGUGAUAAAAAUUUCAAGGAAAAAACACACACAACCUCCUUCCUCCCUUCCUUCAGGGAGGGAAGAGAGUUUGAGCGGAGAGAAAAAUCUAUCCGAGACAGAACAGGGACAGUGAGAAAAAUAUAUGAGUGGGAGAGGGAGCAGGAGGAGGAGGAGAAGGAGGGGGGAGCAAAUUAAAAGUUGCCAAAUGGAGAUAUUGGGUUUCAAGAGGAGUGAGACAGGAGUAAAAAGGGUUCGCCUCUUCGAGUCGUCUUUAUGUUAUGCUAAUCGAGAUAAAUAUUUAUGGCUCGACGCGGUUUCGUCCUUUCGUCUUUUCGACGGAUUCUUUAGCCGAGAAAAACAGGCGUCGUCGACACCGCGGCUAGCUAACCGAGCACAGGCCGGCGGUUGGGGGAAACUGUGAACCGAGCUGAACGCGGACCCCGGGUUGACGCGUUUCGUUUCGGGCAAAUCGAGGCAAAUGUGACGCUGUGUUUUUAUAGCAGUGCUGCUGGUGGAUGAUGAGCCCACAAAGAGGACGAAUGAAAACCUCCCCGAGCAGAGAAAGAAAGAAAAGCACGUCAGCGGCGACGACGAGCGUGUUGUGCCUCAGCCGCUGCUGCUUGAAUGUGAUUAUCUUUCUGUCGAUUCAGUCUAUUUUAGGAAAUAAAACUUGCGAGCUGAGCUGUACAUUCGCAGUUUAUUUCUAACCCGGCGGUUGCGGUGGUACCGAGCCCCUCGGACUAGAUGGCGGCGAAGCGAGCAUGCUAGGGCGGAUUCCGGACAAUGCGAAUCUGGGCUCUCGGAUUAUACAUAACAUUUUGGGGAAAAUACCCUAAACUCGUCUAUUCUGGUCGAUUUCUUCGUUACACUUUCAAAUCCAACGCUGUUGAGCUGCUACAAACCAUUUUAAUCAUUUCUAGGCACUUUUUGCUCAGUUUUGUGUUUUUAACCGUAGCUAACGUUACAAUUUGAAUUGAAUAUGACGUGAUCAGUUGUCAACGUUAAGCUAACAUUUAUAUGCUGGAAUGACCGCUAAGAUUUAGGUGCUUUUUCUUUAAUAUUGAUGAAUUAUUUAUUAUUUUACACCUAAACGGGCCACAUUCGGGUCUUUUCGGUCAAUAGAAUGUUAAUUUGCUAAUCGUUUUAGCUCAGUUUUGUGUUAGGGAAGCUCGACGUUGCUUUUUGUUAACAUUAAACGACUUAUGAAAGGACAAAGGAGCCUCGACUUCAGUCUGACUGGAAAAUGUCGUUUAUGCAUCCUUGAAACUAAAACAACUCGAUUUUCUGUGUAGCAGUUUGCUUUAGCAGGCCGUAUUAUCUUUAAAAAAUCGCAUUAGUUUAACUUUAAUGGCUUGUUAAGUGCUGUAGCUCCGUCGUUCUUUGUUCUCCCUAAACCAAAGAUGGAGGCUGUACGUGGCUCCGCUGUAAAGACAGCCUAUGGCAGGGUAACAGCCAUUUUGUAGCAUUGCAGUUGUAACGUUUUCAACUGACAAGAACAAAGAAACCCACAUCUGCCAAUCACUUACACACAACAGUCUAAUUUGAAGGACAUAUUAUUCACGUUUGUUUAGUGACUACAGUAAUUUGAAUUUACUUGCAUUCUUUCAGCAUGUGUGCUCCACGUUGCAUAAAUACAAUGAAUAAAGUAACUUAACAGCCAUUCAAACACUCAGUCAUUGGUAUGCUGAAUCAAAUAAGUGCCAAUGUGCUUUUCUUUUGUAUCCCCCCGUUUAUUGCAAUGCACCAAGAGUGUCUCUGUUGGCUGCCACUACAUAAAGCCAGCACCUCUUUCAAUGUAGAGAUGAAGCUAAACAGCCAUUCAAAGCCCUGCCUGUUACAGGAAAGAAAGGGUGUUAAAUGACUGAAUCCAUGUUUCCUGCUGGAAAUCUGUGUCAUGGAUGAUGAGGACGAUCGCCGUCUUCUGGAUAUUUUAGGAGAUGUGGAUGCACUGAAUGAUUAUCUCCAUGGCAGCAACAGCAACUCUAUUGAGGAGGAUGAUGUGACAAAUGCAGCUUAUGGUUCAGAUGGAUCCUUCUUUGGCAACAACACGGCUGGCUCCAACACCAGCCUCAAAGAUGGCUCUUCCACAAUGGGUGAAUUUGACGAGGACUCAGCCGGGGCAGGCCUCCAGCUUUCUAGCAGCCUCUCAUUUAUCGAGGAUGAGCUGGGGGCCGAGGCGUCCCCUGGAGAGGUGGAUCUCGGGGGAGAGGACCAACCCUUCGACAUCCUGCAGAAGUCUCUCCUGGAGGCCGACAUCACGGAACAGACGCUGGCCCAAGAGGCCUUACUGGACUCUCAGCCUGCUCCCACUCUGGUGCAGGCUCCUGUUCCCUUCUCCUCCCAGCUAGUCUCGGGGGGUUAUGGAGGUGGGGUUGGUGUGGUAACAACAGCAACCACUGCCUUCACCACAGGCCAGUUUUUACAGGGAACGGCUCAGCUGCCCAAUGGCUCCGCCCAGCACAUCCAGGUGUUGGGCUCUUUUGGGGCCGGUGGUGGGGUGAUGACUCUGAGCAGCUUGGAAAGGACUCCUCAGAUUGUGCUAAGGCCGGGGGUAUCUGUAGCUCCGGCAGGGAACGUGACAGGGGGGCAGGUGUUUGCUCCUACCCAAGGUCAAGUAGGCCAAGUGGGCUUACCCUUCAAAAACAUCCCCCUUCAAAAUAUCAUCAUCCAGAGAGGCCCAGGAGGGACCCAGACUCUUGUUAGACCAAUCCAGCCUAAACCCCUUCAAACGGGGGCUCAGACUGUCUACAGGCUUGGUCUUCAGCCCACUCCCACCACCAUGGCUAAUGUAGUGAACGCCAACGCUGCAGCUCCUGGAGGACAGUACCCAGCCAAUGGCUCCAUCGUAGUGCAGCCACCCCAGGAGCAACAACAAGCACAGACCCAGUCCAACAUACCACCUGGACAGUUCUUACUCCCCAGCUCUCUGGCGCUCACUCCGUCCAACACCAUCCCCAACGGCCCCGCAGACCCCAACUCCAGCACUAUGAUUACCAGUCAGAACACAGUGCAGCUUGUUGCAGGGCAGAACUUCACUGCCCCUCCAGGGGGUCAGCUGAUUUUGAAUCAGGGAGUUGUGAGUGGGAGUCAUGUCGGAGGAGGCGUAGCUCAGACGUGGACAGGAGUUUCUUGUGCGAGUUCCACCGCUGUUCAGACAUCAGGUGCUCCGGCACGGCUGACGCUGGUCGGUCCGGCGACGGCGGGCAUCGGUGGUCAAGGCCAAGUGACGGCUAGUCCUGUUCAGCGCCUUCUAGUGACGCAAACCCAGAACUGUGCUUCUUUGUCACCUUUACCUGGUAGUGUGACGCAGGAACAAGACUACAGACAGAAUUCUUCGUCACCGGCCUUUAAACAGGCACAUCUUGGCAGCAUCCAUGUUAUGAAAACUAUGACACAAGAUUCAACACUUAGCUCUGAGGCCAGUUCACAGAAGAGGCUUAUCCUUCCACCACUUACAAGAGGAGAAAUGAUUUUACAGCAUUUACAGAAGUAUCAUGAUGGAGUUCAGACCCCAGAUCGACGUCACUUCACUUCAGUAGAUGAUGCUCUACUUCGACUCCUCCCGUACCACGUUUUCCAGGGAGCUCCACCAAGCCAGGAGGAGUUCUCACAAGUGGAUGAGGAAUUUGAGGUAGUAGCAAGUCAUGUGCUGAAGAGGACCCAGGCCAUGGUAAACAAAUACAGACGCCUUCUAAUGGUGGAAGCAGAGCGUUCCAGUCCGUCAUCAGAAAUGGUGAUGAUUGACAGGACGUUCAACCAAGAGGAGCGCAGCAACCUGACGCAAGACAAACGCAUGGUACUAGUGGAUCCAGACAGCUUCCUGGAGGACUUUUGCUGUGGGAUGAAAUCCAAACUUUUCCAAGACCCCUUCCCCUCUCAGUCAGUGUCCAGCUGUACCUGGAAUCAGUCAGAAGGAGGCUCCAGGGAGCCGCCGUACAGGACAGACUCCCAGACCGAGUACGCAGACCCUGGAGGGGGUGUAGCUGUAGAAGCAAGUUCCACAGAGAGACUCCACCCGCCACACCUAGAAAGCAAGAGUGUGCUGGAACUGAAGAGAUCCCAGCAGAAUUUCGGGACCAGCGGCGGCAACAACAGCCACAUCGCUGCCAACAGCUACCCCCAAGGAAAACCCUCACAUUUUAUGGCAGCAUCGGGAGGACAGGCGCACUACCAGGUGUCACAUCACCUGUCCUCCCACCCGGUGCAGCCCCAGUUCACCCCUCAGCUCACUUCACCCCCUCACCUGGACACCGAUUCUGCUCUGGAGGCAGCGGUCAACAGCAUCCUGGAAUGUUAAGACUGAUAUCAUCCCCAAUAUAUCAUUUCAACUCCUUUUGUGUGUGUUUCUGCGUACAUCUUCUUUGUAAUGUUGGUUUUAUGGCCCCAGAGCCCUGUGUGAAGAGAGGUCAACCCUUCCUUCGGGUCUGUGAUCUUUGUGAUACGCAGCCAUGUAGCAUGCAUGUACUUUGCUUUGUUUUUUUCUGAGGCAUUAUGUCAGUGAGUCUGUCGGUGUGUUAGCUGAACACAGGCACUUCCAAUUACCUGUAAAGAUCCGGGAUUGUGUGCAAUGCAAUAGACUAACAGAUGCAAAAUUGAGUUUAGUUUUGAAGUGGUAGGGUCUGCAACUGAAUGACAGUGUUCCUCUCUUCACACACCAGUUAAUAUUUAGUGCCAGUCGAUUACGCCUUUCCCUACCUUUGCUGACCAACAGGGAUGAGGAAGGACAAAGGGAGGACUCGGUGCCUGAUUCUAGGUUUUUAUAUGGAAGUGUUUACAUGAAGAAGCUCCAUUCAGAAAUAUCCAUUCACUCAUUUCCUUCCUGCUUUACAAAAACACGAACAGCGUGCACACACAUGCUUUUGGACAUUGUGUUGAAUGGAUUCAUGGUUCAGAGCUGUAGUUUUCCUUUACAUUCACAGAGACAAAUUGCACUAAACAUGCUGUUGCUGUAUAGCGUACGUUAGGCUGAACAGAAUGUGAACAUUUGGAGCUUUCAGCUGCCUGCAACAAGGAUAACCACUUACACUAGAAAGCAGUCAGACUGUCUCAUAGACUCAUAAAGUUGUGUUACCGUGCUCAGCAGUGCUUUCUUUCUUGUGCUUAAGUAACAUUUUCUUUAUUUUGUACCUUAAAGGUAUGCAAGUUCUGACAGAUGCAGGACAAAUCCUUUUCUCCACCACUUCUAUCAUUUCACAGUGAGCUUGUGUCUGGAGAUAAGUCCUCAGAUUGAGGAAGAUGUUAGAAUAUGCUGAGUUAAUCUUUUUAUUUCCUCAUUUUUAGAAAUGACAUUGGAAAAGAGGACUUUUUCUGUUUGUUGUGAUGUUGUUCCCCAGCGCUGUGAGCAUGAACAUACGUCAGUUUAAAGACCCUGCAGGUCAUUGAUUGUUUGUCUGCCUUCUGCAUAUAAUUAUAUAUUGAUCAUAUCUGUCUAUGCUUUACUACCACGACACGUCUGUCAGUGUGUUCAUCUGCAUCCUCACACAGGCCUGACUGUUCUCAUGUAGUUUGGUACUUUCUGCCCAAGUGUUUUUCUCAGUUCCCCAGGAUGUUUUCUCCUUUUGUGGUCAUUCCUUUCAAGCAUUUCUCACAUUUCCUCUUUUCCUUCUCAGCAGCUCAACCAAAAUUAGUAGUAGAGAGUGUGGUCUUGUCCAGAAUCCCCCUCAGAUUGUGUUUUUUUAGUAUAAAGCAACUUUUCCUCUGAAUCCAGAAUGACUCCAAUUACGUUCUGGUUUAGUCUAUUUUUGAGUUUUCAUUUAGUUUUAACAGCCAAAACUUAACUUGCUGUGUGAAGUCAUUACCAUGAUUAAUUAAUCCUAAAUGUUGGAUAGUAUUUUUGCUUUUGGAAAGACACUUUUACAAACAAAUCUACUGGAAUCUGAUCCGUAGUUUAACCAAGAAAGAGUUUUGUUCUGAAGCCACCAGGACCAAAGUUUAGGUUAACUGCAUUAGAAGCUCCUGGGGCUGAUUCUGGAUAGCGCCACCUUUCUCUUAUGAACAUGUCUGUGAAAUAUGUUUGCUAACAGGCCACAGGACAAGACUGAAGGCCUUUAAAAUGGGCUAAUAGAGAACCCAUCUGUCUUUUCCCCUAUUUCUGAGUGCCAGCGGCCGUUGCAGCCUGCCUGUAUUUCUGCCUCAACCCUUGCAGACCUCUAAUAUCUACUGAGAAAACUGGGCUCUCAGCUUGAAAAGUAAAUCUCUGCUGACAUAGAAUGGUCAAGUGAGAUUUUGCUUUUGCUCCUUUGAGUGACUGCUGCAAGAUUUCGUGCCUCUAUAGCACUUUGAUCCACAAGGACGAUCCUUUAAAGUUGGGACGUGUGUGGUGUUGGUGGAACAUUCUGGAUGCAUAUCUCGGUCGUGAGGGCCUGAUAGGAACAUACUGUGCUUUUUCUCCCCUAUUUUUUAGUUUCUCUGCCUCCAUUUUCACAGUUUUUGUUUUGUCUAGUUUGUUUUGUAUAAAAAUGAAAAGUUAAACACAAAAUAUUUAUAAUUUUUGUAUGGAGAAAAAAGAAUGUACACAAAAACAUAAGGAAAUGGAAAUUAUUUUUUAUUGUGUUUGCUAUGAAGCGAUGUCAGGAGAAAUCAUUACAAGAAUGCUGUCAUUUCUUCAUUUAAUGUGUGUUCACUACAGCAGCCAGGAGAGUCGACAAUAAAUUCAUUUUGAAUACAAUAAAGUGGUCCAGUCCGGC